CCCUCUCGAGCUGCCCAGGACUAGAGAAACCGUGCACCCCGACAGCCCUAGCGACUCGGCGCCUCCCGGUGACCCCGGCCCGGCGGCUUCUCGGCUCACAAGGCCGGGCGUGCGCCGCUCCCGCUCCUGGCCCGCCAGGUGCCUCGGCUCAGCCGCGCCGCCCCUUCCUCCCCCUCCCGGCUCCUCUCGGUCUCCGCCUGGCGGCGCCAGGAGGCGGGUCUCGGGCGAGAGAUAAAGGCGGGCGCGGGCGCCGGGCUCCAUCUGUCUGGAGAGCAGCCGCGAGAAGGCGAGGAGGAGGCGCCAGGAGCCCGCAGGCCUGCCGCAGCCGCUGAGCUGAGGCCCAGGUCCGCGACGACGCUGCCGCGAUGGACGCGGUCCACGCGCUCCUCCCCCUGGCCCGUGACCUGGCGGCGCAGAAGCCCACGGGCAGGCAGGUGAAGCUGUACGCGUUGGGCGGCCUGCUGGCCCUCGUUGGCGCGGUACUCGGCCUGCUGGAGACCGUGUGCGGCCCCUUUGCGGCCGCCAGCCGCCUGCGGGACCAGGAGGCCGCGGUGGCCGAGCUGCGCGCCGCACGGGAGAGCCAGGCGCCGCGCACGCAGGCCGCGCGGGACGAGGCCCGGGGGCCCGAGCUGUGCGGCCGCGCGCCCUCCCCCGCCUCGAGCCCCCCGGGGCCGGGCUUCGGGGCGCGGGGCGCGGGCCUGCGGCGGGAGGACCCGAGCCACGCGCUGCUGUCCGCGGGGGCCUGCAGCUGACCUGCCUCACGGACCCCCGGGAGCCGCUGGGACUGAGUUUUGCUGCUGGGCGGCGCUGCCGGCCACGAUGUGUGCAAAACGUGCCUCCAGGAACUGACCCUCUGUCACUGUGCAGGAGGGAGGAAGCCAGCUUUUUAUACUGUUACAGUGAUCACCAUUUUGCACUUUGAAAUAAAAAGCAUUUUAUACGAUACGCCCUGCGGGGAGGGUGGUGGGUGGCGACGCCUCCCGGCCGGCGGCGCGCUAAGCCUGCACUUGGCUCACGCCAGGGGGCGCUGGUGCUGCUGAUACACGCUCACAAAUUUACUGAAGACGCCUUUUCCUUCGUGUUAGCGAUGGGAAGACUGAAAUUCCGACUUGUCCUCCAGACUUGGCGUCUUAAGAUCCUAAGGUACAUCAGGUUCUGACCUAGAAUUAGAGAACGGGCAGUAAGGGGCGAACUCCAGCGCCCAGAGAGAAAAGGCUGUCACUCACAGCUGCGUGCUGCAGGUUUCCUCCGUGACUGACACCUCGCUUCUUAGCUUUUUUAGUGAGACAGAAA